CUGCUCUCCUCGCACUUGGGACUAGCCCUGUUCGCCGUGUGCAGAGCUCCUAUAUAAGCGGGAGCCCAGCCACCGAGUCAGAGUUCCUGGUGUUUGACAGAGCCCUGACUGGACCAAGCAUGCCCAAGUGCCCCAGGUGUAACAAAGAAGUGUACUUCGCCGAGAGGGUGUCAGCCCUGGGCAAGGACUGGCACAGACCCUGUCUGAAGUGUACCAAAUGCAUGAAAGUAUUGACAGCCGGAAUGAUGUCUGAGCACGACGGAAUGCCCUACUGCACCAAUCCCUGCUAUGGUGCCCUCUUUGGACCCAAAGGGUUUGGACGUGGUGGCAUUGAGAGCCACACCUACAAGUAAAGCCAGGUUCUGGGUUUUCGCUGAGAUCGAGAUGUGGCAGGAGGUGUGAUUUGAGUGUCUCCCAGUCCCUGGCCUGGCGAUGAGUAAACAACAACCCAACCCCACUGAGCACCAGUUAGUGUCAAAGAAUCUCACUUUAACUUUCCAUGAGGGCCUGAGAGAAGGGCUAAUUUUGCUAUAGUUGUAGUGGACCCUGGUAGAAAUUGGCCCUCUUCCCCCAACCCCUCACUUCCCCUUCAAGAGUUAACUGGGAAGCUUGAAAACACUUGAUGUUAAGCAUAGGAUAAACUUCCUGUAAUUUUGUUUCCAAAUUAAAAAUAAAUUCUUGGUUAAA